AUAUUUUACAGAUCUUCCCAGGCCGGCCUCAGUUUCAGUUUUUGGCAUUUCAACAUUUCAAGGAUCAUUCUUCAGAGCAACGAUUUCUGUGUAAACUGCUUACGAAGUGCUCGUGGUGCGUGGUGAUGCAAGAAAAAUAUUUCCUGCUUGGGGCGUGCCUCUUACGUCACAGCGUGACAGAGAGAGACUGCAUCGAGCACGAAACUUGGCACUGGGAACGAUAUCAGGAUGUGACGUCAGUUAUCGGAAUGGCCGGAGGAGGAAAGUGUUCAUCGGUGAGGGAAAUGAUACUAGUAACACUGUGAAGGGGGAUGUUUGUAAACCAACACUGCACUUAUAUUCAUGUUCUGAGUAAUUCUGUACAGAAUUUUUAAACAAGUUAUCCUUAACAUUACUGAUGCAAGAUCUUUCAAAAUCUGCUCAACUGGGUUAAGAUUGUACAAGUUCGUAAUAGCUGCUGCACACGCUUAUGAUCAAAAUUCAAGAUGUCUUCGUUCUUCAAACAACUGUUCCCCUUCAUGAAAGUCAAGAAAAAGAAGGAAUUUUCCUACAUUAUUCGUGGAGUUGACCCUAACACUAUUUGGAGUCUUGUUGGUGAACUAGGUGAUGGAAGUUUUGGGAAGGUUUAUAAGGCAGAACGAAAAACAGAUAGUGUUCUAGCAGCUGCCAAGAUCAUUGAUGUUAAAGAUGAAAGUGAACUGGACGACUUUAUGGUUGAAAUAGACAUUCUGAGUGAGUGUAAACACAAGCAUGUCGUGGGAAUGUAUGAAGCUUACUACCAUGAAAAUAAGUUGUGGAUGAUGCUGGAAUUUUGUUCUGGAGGAGCUUUAGAUGAUUUAAUAUUAGAACUUGAGCGAGGUCUAAAUGAAGAACAGAUCAGAGUGGUGUGCAAGCAAAUGUUUGAGUGCCUCCACUUUCUUCAUACUCACAAAGUAAUCCAUAGAGAUUUGAAAGCUGGAAAUUUGCUGCUUACAAAUGAGGGCAACAUCAAGCUUGCUGAUUUUGGUGUUUCUGCCAAGAACAAGAAAACUAUACAGAGAAGAACAACAUUCAUUGGGACACCUUACUGGAUGGCUCCUGAAGUUAUUGUAACAGAGACAUGCAAAGAUGACCCCUAUGACUACAAGGCUGAUAUUUGGUCUGCUGGUGUUACACUCAUUGAGCUGGCUGAGAUGCAACCUCCCUACCAUGACAUGCACCCUAUGAGAGUGUUGUUCAAAAUACCUAAAGCUGACCCACCUACACUGCAGUUUAGAAAUAGAUGGUCCAAGGAUUUCCAUGAUUUUCUGUCUCUUUGUGUGGUAAAAUCCCCUGAAAUGCGAUCAUCAGCAGCAGAUUUACUGGAGCAUCCUUUUAUUGUCAACUGUGUUGACAAUAAACCUCUGAAAGAACUUUACAAUGAAGCCAAGGCUGUUGUGAUUGAAGAAUUUGAAGAUCUUCCUGAAGAUAAAGAGAAGAGAGAUAAAGAAGCCCUGAAGUCAGCAGAAUCGACUGAGUCUUUGGACGAAAGUGAAGAAUUGUUUAUCGAAACAGGUUCAAAGGACUUGGAUAAGGAGAAAGACGAGAGAGAGGAGAGUGAGCUGGAAGAAUCUACAGAGAAGGAAAAAGAUUCUGAGAAAGAGGCUGGAACAGAGGAAGGUGAUGAAGAUCUCAAGGAAAAUGCAGAGGUGAAGAAAGAAGAAAGAGACGAAAAUUUAUUAGAGAAAGAGGAGGAAAUUGCAGAUAAAGGGGAAACGAAGGAAGAACAAAAGUCAGAAGGAGAAAGUAAUAAAGAAGAGGGACCCUUGGAAAACCAAGCGGAUGCGGUGGAAGAAAAUAUAGAAGUUUUCGAUGACAAGGAGGUGAAAGAGGAAAAGGAGAAAGAGAACCUUGAAGAAAAGGAGGAGGAAGUUGAGGUGAAGAUAGAGGAAGCUGGAGAGAGGAAGGAUGAAGGCGAAACGGAAAGUCACGGAUCUGAAGAAAAGAGGGAAGAAGGUCAAGCUGAGACGGAGGAAGCGGUUGAGAAAAUCGAAGAAGAUGGAGAAACGAAGGAGGAAGUUUCAGAAAGUAGAGGGGAAACAGAUGAAAAGAAAGAAGAAGUUGAAGAGAAACUCGAGGAAAGAAAAGAAGAACCUGAAGUUGUAACAAAAGAUGCUGAAGAUAAAGCAAAUGAUAUUGAAGCAAAAGAAGAGAUGGAAGAUGAAGAAGAAGUUACAACUGAGGAGUCGAAAGAGGAACCCACAGCGGACGAGGCUGAUGCCGUGAUAGUUGUUAAAGAUAGUAAUGAACCGGCAAAAGUAACACAAAAAGAAGGACAGCAACUGCCAGAUAAGUACUCUACACGCUUAGACAACAUCUUAGACAAGUUAGAGGAAGACGAAGGAGAGUCAGCAGGCGAAGUAGGAGAACCAUCAGUUCCUCAAGACGAAGAAAAACCCGAAGAGGGUGAAAAGCAGAGGGAUGAAGAAACAACGACAGCUCAGGAAGAAGAGAAAUCAGAUGACGCUGAGGAAACAGCCACAAAAGUGGAGGAGAAAGAAACGGAAGAAAAGAACGACGAAGACAAGGACAGUGAACAGACUGAAAACAAAACUGAAUUAGAAGAUGAACAGACUUUAGAUGCAGAUGAAAAGAUUCCCAUACCAAAUGGCGAUGUGUUAGUUCAACCCGUGAAGAACGACAAAGAACCGUCCAAUCAUUCUAAAGAGAAAUCAGAAACUACAGAUGGCGUGGAGGAGAAAAGUUUCAAAACAUUAAAAAGGAUUCGUAAGUAUGAAAAAGAUGGCAAGAUAGUGACGGAGACGACAUCACGAGUUGUAGAUGUGAGUCAGGAUGACUACAGGAAUGCACUGAUGAAAGAACAGCAACAAAGAAAAGUGAAUCUUCGUGAAAUGAAGAUCCUCCAACGCGAGGAACAGAAACAAGGAAUUCUACUCAUGGCCAAAAUUCGCCGUCAGUGGGAAGCUCAGGAACAACGAUUUGAACAGGAGCUGCAGGAAUUGGUAAAGAAAUUUGAGGUAGAUUUGGACACUUCAAGCAGGAAUCAAAAGAAAGACAUAGAAAAACUAGAAAUUGCGCAGAAUGCUGACCUUCGCACUUCCUCACGCAAGAUGAAACAAGACCAGGAAAAAGAGCUCAAGAAAUUCAGAGAGAAUCUCAAAGAGGAACUCAAAUUUGCCAAGAAAGAGGUGGAUCAACUGCCAAGGAAUUUAAGGAAGGAGAGUUGGCGAAAGAAGAGAGAUGAAGUAGAAGUCUCACAGCGGCAAGCUGAACACGAAUUUCUAGCCAUGCAACAGGCGGAGUUUGAGAGAUUCACGAAAGAGCUGGUUGAAUUACAUCGUGAGAAGAUGUACGCCAUGGAAAUGCAAUUCCUAAAGGCGAAACACACCCUCAAGAGAGAUCACGAGGGAGAUUCGUGGAAGAUUGAGCAGCGACAACUGCAGGACAGACAUCAGUUGGCCAGAACACAACUGAAGGAGACUUUCUUCCUACAGCGAUCACAGAUGCUGAACAGACAUCAGAAGGAAGUGGAGCAACACAAUCGUCUAACCAAACUUAAGGAAGAGGAAAUGAAGAGACGUCAUGAGAUCGAACGGAAACGGCUUCCCAAGAUACAACGGGAAGAAAUCAAGUCUAAGACACAGCAGUACCGCAAGUCUUUGAGGAUAGACAAGAGAUAUUCAAUGGAUAUUGAGCGAGAAUUAAUGAAAGAGUUUGAAUUGCAGGAACGUAAAAAGGCUCGAUCAGAGUAUGAUAAAUUGUUAUUCCGACAAGAAAUGGAGGUAGAGGAGCUGCGCGUCUCCUCUGAAUCUGCUCUCAAAGAGUUGCAACUGUUACAGAAUGAGAAGCGUCACAUGUUAAUGGAAAGCGAAACUAUGAAGUUAAAAGAACGAGACGAAAAGCAUCAAACCCAGUUAGAAUCCUGGAAAGCUGAACUUGGUCCACGAAAGAAGAUUCUCGAAGAGGAAUUCGCGCGCGAGGAACGUGAACAGCAACUUUUUUAUGCCGGAAAUAUAAGCGAUUACCCAAUCUCCCCGGUAACGUCGAAUAAGGAAUCAGAAGAGGAGCCUGGGGAGAUCCAAAUGGAUGGAGAGAAAACGCCAGAGGACAAUCUUUCUAGUAAAUCAUCAUCCGGAUCUACUUAGUUCAAUGUUGUCUCUAUAGUUUCUGUACAGUUAUUGUUCAGUGUAAUAGUGUUUUUAUUGUUUAAAAGGUAGAUACGCACGUUAUAUUUGUGACAUGUGUUAGACAAUUCCCUGCUGAAAAAAAAAAUGUACUCGGGAUUAAUAAUUUACCAGACAGGAAACCGAAAUAGUUCAAUUGAACGUUUGGUUGGGUGAUAGUCAUUCGUUUAUGAAUCUCGGAAGUCGGGAAAUUAGCUUAGAUACGAAAACAGCGAUUUAAAACUGAGCAGUGAUUGACUCUUGUUGAUAUUAAGUUGUCGCCUAGAGGGCUUUUUCCAAAGAGGAUACUGAAGAUCUCGACAGUUUUAUAGCGCGCUCUGGGUUCUUAUAUUAAAAAUUGGAAAUAUUGUCCUUGAUGUUAAGUUUAACCAGUCGGCCAGUCGUGCAGACACUUGUCACAACAGUCGAAUGGCAAGGGUAGUACUGAGCCAAUCAGAAUUCUUGAGACAUUCCACUUGUCCACACUUGUGCAAAACGUUGCAAUUACGAUUCUUGAAGGUUUUACUUUUCGUGGAAUGUGGGUGAGAACUUGAACGAGUUACCAUAAAAACUUAUCUGAAACUGAAGAACCAGUUUCUAAAAUGUGUGUUUACUUAACAUUUAUAUGAUGCGACAGAUCGUGCCUCUUUGGAUGCAAUUGAUAGAUUUGAGUCAAACGUUCGUGUCUUCGCAAAAAUUAUCGGUUUGACAUGCAUUCUUUUUUUUCCAAGUGGAAAUGACAGGUGAUGUGCCUAGGUACCAUUGCAAACUUUUCGGAGACUGGUCCUCCAAACACUGAAAUGAUUCUUGUAGACUGAAUUGAAAAAUGUAGCCUUUUUAAAUUUAUCAAUAGUUUAAAACGCGAAAGGAAUAUCUCUUUUGAUAAGUUUUACCCUCCGCUACUUUUAUUUCAUGUGUGUUGUGUUAUUAUCAUUCAUUGGAUUUGUCUUUUGCUCAAAUAUAUUCUUUGGUUUUUCUUCCUUUUAAUGUGCUGUAACGUGCAAACCUUUUUUUUAAGGUCAAACAAGUCUGGUCGUAUACAUUUUGAGAACAUUUGUAAGGCUUAUAAAUAUAUUCUCUUGACAGAAUUGGCUUUUAUGAGAUGCUUUUCUUUAAGUGAGUCUUAUCUUGGUUUAGUCCAGUAUUUGCUCUUUGAAACGUUAUAAUUCCCGUAGUAAUGUCGCUGAUAGUAUUAGGUUCUUUAUGUUCUUCAUCGAAUCGAUGAUAACUUCAUUUCUUUAAGGGAAUCAUGUUUGGCUCGAUGGCAGACUUCUUUUCUUGUUAUUCAUAACUUCACGGCCUGUGAAAUUUUGCCAUGCAUUUCCUGUUUAGUUUGACCUUUUCAGACAUCAGUCCAAGCACAUCUCCCUCUUCAGUCUUAAGAAUCCUUACUGCGAUACUCGUAAUGGCCUCUUGUAACAUGUGGCCAUCUCCCACGAAAGAGGUGUCGUAAAACGAUCUUUGCUUUCUAUGAAUAUCUUAAUUUCGAAAUGCUGUCUAUUUAUGAGUGCAGUCCCCUUUAAUUAUAGUUUUUCCUACGUAAUUUAGGUUGCAUAAACCAUAGCUAAAAAUUUGUUAAAGUAAUCCCCUCUAGCAGAGCUGUGCUCGCUUAGAUUUUCAAAUUUUAUGGGAAAUUAAGAAAACAAGAUAAAUAUUUGAAAUAGUCGAAUAAAAAUUGUAAUUAUGA